GUGGUUUUUUUCACCGGCAAAAGGGUGAAACUUUUGUAUCCCAGCAGUGAUAACUGAGCGAGUGUUGUGUGAGCGUGCCCGUUUUAGCGUAUUAAAGAGAUGUUCCGUCACGUUGUUAGAAAGUCCAUGGCUGGUGUCCGUAACCAGUCCACCGUCUCCAAGGCCAAGGAUGCUGUUUCAGACAAGGUUGAGCAGCUUACCGGGUUGUUCAACAAGACCGUUUACUGGACCAAGGUUACUGGCGAGCUUGCAAAGCAAGUGUACUUGAAGGAAAAGCUCUCUCCACCAUCAGUGGCUGAGAUCCAAUCUGUCUACCAGACUCUGUACACCCAAGGUGUCCACUAUGCUCAGAGACCUCUGGAGUUCGUCAAUGUUCUGAGCAAGAGCCUUGACAAGAACACCUUGAUCAACGGUGGUGCUUACCUUGUCCAAUUUGCCGGUCUCUUUGCCCUCGGGGAGGCCAUUGGUCGCCGUAAACUCAUUGGUUACCCAUCCUUCCAGUCCCACCACUGAAUCGUGUCCUCAAAUAUUCCACUUCUCAUUUUCCUUUGAUUCAUCUCGCUGCCUCCGUUGAGAAGGAGCCCGCAAUCAAAGGAUGUGUCUCCCCAGUACAUAUUUAUCAAAAUUUAUACAAAGCUUUGUUGCACUGCUAAGCUAGAUACUAAACAAACGUUGCAUACAAGAAGUUAUGGAAAGAGUGGCUUAUAUAUCUCUGUUUAGUGCAAUGCAUCUUAAAAUACUGCUAACGAA